AUGGAGCAUAUCAACGCUCACCAAGAAGCUUGCAAGUUCGACUCGGGACAUUUCGAGACUUAUGACAAGAUCAACCUUGACGUUCUGAGAGAAAGCAUGUCUUUCAUCCCCUUCUCGCACCCCGAGCUCGCUCACGUGUCGGCCGCCGAUGCCAUGGCGAGAGAAGCAAACAAGGAAGACGCCUCCUCCGCGAUUUCUUGCACCAGCUCUGAGCACACGUCGGACUUCGAAGAGAUGGAUGAAGUCACCGACCAAGGAACUGGCUCGCGAUCCCUCCUUGUCUGCCCGAGAAAGAAGAAAGCAGCGGCAGCUGCCCAGUCUUCGGACAAGGACGAGCCUGUAGUGAUAACCAAGAAGCUUCUUGAAGGCCUCUACGGCAUGCCGUUGAGCGAAGUGGCCUCGAAGCUCAAGAUCUGUCCCAGCGCGAUCCGCAAGGCCUGCCGGCGCCUCGGGAUCGAGAAAUGGCCGUUCAAGAGCAGGAACCCUGGCCCCAAGAGGAAGUCGAUCUCGGAGAGUAAGGAGGAUGCAAAGCAGGAGGAGGAAGGAAGAGCUCCCCCCCCCUCCUCCCACCCGUCCGCACGUCAAGGGUCCUCGUUGGAUGCCAGCACGGUUGAGGUCAAGCCUGAUCCGCACCCCGUCGACCCCCAGCCCCAACCGGUGGGGGAGAGGAAGAGCUGCGGCAACAGGGAGGGUGGAUGGAACCUUGACGUUAGCUGGAUCCCCCACUCCUCAGACUUCGCGGACGAUGCAGAGGAGGCUUUCUGGAACAACAUCCAGCAGGCUAUGAACAAUCCUGCUCAAGGAGGGAAAGUCGACGCGUCUGAUAGGAUGUGA